UUUACGGACACCCGGUAUUUCCUCAAUAUUUUUUACGGAGCAAAUUGUUGUCUGUAGAGAAUACUUUUUCUAUGAGCUUCUAGAAGAUAAUACUCCUAUUAACACUCGAACCAAACGGUACUGUGCAUCUAUAGUUUUUAUGUUACAUUUAAUUUUCAUGAAUGAUAGUAAAGCAUUUAGUUUUGUUCAAUUAAUAGUUUCUAUUUUGGUCCAUGUUAUUGAUUUAUUUUUGCAUUUUUUACAUCAAAUUAAAUGAAAAAACCAAGAAAAAUAGUUUUAACUAAUCAAACAAUCUCAGUUCUUUAAACAUGACAAGAAUCGCUGAAACCAUUUUCUCAUCAAGAUUUUACCAUCCUUUUAAUAUAUGAACAAAUCGACUUUUCAUUUCACACUUGUGUGUCAAUUUCGUCAUGUCACUAUCAAAAGUCUUCCUCCGGAAUUUUUUGUUUUUUGUAAACUUGUCCAGAAGAGCAAUUUAAUUAUUAUUUACCGUAAUCUGUUUAAUUGGGGGAAAAUAUUCAGAAUUUAUGCUGAAACUUUCUAAUAAACUGUUUUGAAAGAAAAAAACUAUUUUGUGAAUACAUUAUUUUUUAAAAUUAAUUAUUCAAAAAACUAGGUAUUUUGAAAAUUUCUUCAAUUUUUUUCCUCCUUGAUUUGGAAGAUUGCGCAUAUCCAUAAUAUGAUUUUACCUGAAGGUAAGUUAAUUUUCUCUGUUAAUUUUUUUCCCUCUCUCUCUCUCCAGUUGAUUAUUUCCAGGCGUAUACAGCAAGUUCACUUUGAAAACCUAAUAUUUUUUAUUCAGUCAUCAACGAUUUUAACUUCUUUAUAACCAUGCUUUAAUCGAACACAACAAGAAAUGUUAUUUUACAUCAGUAUGUUUUUUUUUUGUCUUCCAUUACUUCUUAAAUAAUAUCCUUUCAGAUCCGGGCCGAGAUCUUUACAUACUUUAUUACUCCUAGUCUCUCCUUCCACAACAUCUGUACGUUUUCAACCCAAGGUACCCACUAUAAUUCUGAUACAAUAUAUUUUUUUCCAGGUGUGAAAAUAAAAAAAAACUAGUCUGGCACUUGUAUUCCGACCGGAAAAAAAGUAAUCAUGAUGAAAACUCAUAAUGCUACUCAAUUAGAUGGACUAUCUAAACGAUUUUUCCUUGGAACAAGAUGUCUUGUCUGCAAGUAUUCUCAUUUUAUCUACUAGCUUUAAUCUUAUAGGCACAUGGUCGUACUUCCUCUUUGAACUGAUUUUAAUUUUUUUCUUUCAGGAGAUGAGAGUAAGAAUAAACUCCUCGGAUGGCUAGCUCCGAUCAGAUCAAAGGACUUGUGGAAGUAUGAACAACCAAUGCAAAUGGAGGUGCAUCGACACGUGUUCAAGGAAGAGAUAAUCGAAGAAAAAUCAAGCCUGCCAAAAUUUUUUGUUCAGCUUGGAGACCAACUCCCAAGAAAAAGAGGACGUCCACGGAAACAUGACAUAUCUCUAAAGGGUCAAAUACAGAUCGUACAAAAAGCUCCAGGCUCACUCCCUGGACAGUUGGUUCCAAGGAAGAGAGGCCGUCCUAGGAAAGUGUCAUUGGGUACUCCAGUAAUCCCUCGCACUGGUCCUGGUCCAGGGCGCCCUAGAAAAUUACCGUUGUUAAAUUAUCCAGUAAUUCCACGCAUUGGUCGCGGCCCAGGGCGUCCCAGAAAAUUACCGGUUCCUCCACCCCGAGAAGACUCAAAUGACGGUCUCAGUGAUAUCAGUCAAAUUCUUGCCAACUGUGCCUCCUAUACAGAACUAGAGCUCCCUCCGUCUCUUUUUAAUUGAGCCAUUUCUACGAAUGAUUAACAACUACCACUAUUUAUAUAAUUUUUGUUUGUUUUAAGUUCCUUUUCAAAACUUCUGAGUGUUCCCUUUAAAGCCCCGUAACAACAGUACCACUAGAAGGAUGCUAAUCUCAAUUUACGGUUGUCCAAAUCCCUCAUUACUGUCAAGGAAAUUAUGCCCUACAGUUGAUUUACCCUCUUGGUCUAUCUUUACAAGUUCUUAAGAAACAUGUCCAUAACGCUUUUGGAAUUAUGUAACAUAAUUUUUUUCACUGUAAUUUCAAUAAAACUUGGAGGAUUCGGGGAAGUCAGGUGAUAAAAUUGACUCAAAAACACUCCGGUAGACAAGGUGAUACCAAAAAAUUUUUUAAGAAGAAUUGGAAUUUAUUCUCUUCAUUUUUCUAGUAUUUUGUGUGUAUUAAGACUCUUGAAACACAGAUUUUAGAGGAUUAUGAAUUUGGAAGGAAAAUUGAGCGGGUUGAGGUUAAUUUCCUGUUUUGAAACGACGAUUUUCUAAAAUCUGUGUUCCAAUUUUCUUGAAAUUUCUAAUAUUUUUUUUUUUCCUAAAGUCUGUAGAAAUCUUAAUCUCCUGCGUUAAUUGUUUUGCUUUUGAACUUAGUUGUACUAUAAACGUAUUUAUGCUUAAUCUCUUGUCCUACCAAAUACAAAAUUAUGAUGUAAGUUAUUGUUUUUCUAUUUUUCUUUUAACUAUUUUGUAAAAGUAGAUUUUAUCAGCAGCGUUGUAUUUAACCCAGUAUAUUAAUGGGGAAAUUUAAGAAACUAAGAACUUGAUCACAGCAUUUCAGAAUCUCCGCUGUUGUUUCAUGAACAUUGCUAUUUGAAAACUUCUAAGCAUAUGUUGCAGAGGAUGAAGAAAAAAUUCUUUGAAAAAAAUUUCAUUAUGAAAAAACGAACAAAAUAAUUUUCAUUAGGCUAAAUGAAACAAAACACCUCCAACAAGGCGAAUCAGCAUACAUGUUUUUUGACUGCUAUCAUCGAUACUCAUCAUGGUAUUCAUUUCAGUGUACGUCACAUGUAGUAUUCAUCACAGUGUAUUUUUGAAAUCAGAUUGAUAAACUAUUUCCUCUUUUAAUUCCUUGUAGUGCUGGAUUUUGCAACUGUAUAAUUUUGUUAAUAAACGUUCAAACAUU